UGGGGAAGUGGAUCUACCCCAGUUCCUUGAAUUAAGCCUGAUUGCCUCCAGCCCCCCCUCCCACAGGCGCUGUAUAUUCUCUACGGGUUUAGCGCUCCCCAUUAUGCAGAGCUAUGAUAAGCCGGUUAAUUCAAGGACUCGACCGGAAAGUUACAUUAUGUACUGUACAUGUGUGUCCAUAAUACCUUUGUGCCCUAAAGACCAUUGUAAAAAAAGGCUUAUUUGUACUGGAUUGACAGUUCUUGCCUCAGACACGUCUGAGAAUUUUGACUCUGAUCAUGAAGGUUCAGUAUUUAUGGUUAUUACCAACAAACACGCAAAAAUUGUCCAUAAUUGUUGGUUAAUGAGUUAUAAUGAGUGAUAUGUGGUGGAGCAGCAGCAGCAGCAGCAGCACAUUGAUCCCUCCCUGACCUGGAACUCUUCAGUCCUCACUCAGACAUGGCAGUUGACGCAGACUUCGACAUUCCAGAUACUGGAGCUGUCUUUACUUUUGGCAAGAGCAGGUUUGCCAAUAAUGCCCCCUCAAAGUUUUGGAUUAAAAAUGAUAUAAUCACAGAACUGGCAUGUGGCGAUGAGCAUACUGGUGUUGUUACAGAAAGCGGUCGGGUAUUUAUGAUUGGUAGUAAUGAUAUGGGACAGCUAGGUCUUGGCUCCACCAAACCUGUCAACAAACCAUCAUGUGUAAAAUCCCUCAAACCUGAGAAAGCACUACACAUAGCAUGUGGACGUUCACAUACUGUGGUUUCCUGUGCAUCUGGUGCAGUAUAUGUUUGGGGCCAAAAUGGUGAUGGGCAGCUAGGAACGGGGGAUAAAGAGGACCAUCUCUUCCCGGUGAAGGUACUCAAUCUCGAUACUCCUGCUGUUGCUGUGGCCGCUGGCAGCAUCCACUCUGUGGUCCUCACUGAGAGUGGAACAUUGUACAUCUGGGGCAGCAACAGUGAAGGUCAGCUUGGACUCGAAGUUUUGGAACAGUUGACACCUGUGUUUCUCACUUUGCCAGAGCCAGCGAUAAAUGUUGCCUGUGGAUACUACCAUAGUGUAGCUGUCACUGAAUCUGGGAAAGUUUAUUCGUGGGGUGAAAGUGAAUAUGGAAAGCUGGGGUUGCCAGCAAACCUACUACCCUCUCACCACCUCCCUCAGUUAGUUCCACUCCCAGAAAAGAUUAUUCAAGUUGCUGCAGGAAGUGCACACACACUCUUCCUAAGUGGGGGUGGAACAGUAUUUGUGGGGGCUGGGGGGAAAAGUGGAGAGCUUGGGCAAGGUGGCGGCAGCUUAGAGUUUUUGGCUACCACAAUCGGUGGCGAGACAAACCCCACCCCCAUUGUGACCAUAUUUGCUGGUGAAAAUCAUGAGAUGUUUAUUACAGAGGACGGGUAUCUUUUGACCUGGGGUUGUGGUCGUCAUGGUAAACUGUGUCAGGGAGAGGAAAAUUUUUCCUCUCAGUUUCUUCCAGUAAUUGUUCGCAGAUUACGUCACAUAACAGUCAUUUUGGUUGCUUGUGGAGGCUGCCACACCAUGGUUCUGGGCUACAGACGCUCUGAUGAGACAGAGUCCGCCAGGGAGGAGAAUAGCCAACCUCUCCACCACUCUGUGAGCAGCUUGGCUCGGGCACGGCGAAGGGUUGGAGAUGUACGUUUGCAUGUCUUUCUUCCAGCCUGUGCUUUUAGGCUAGAAAGUAAAAGCAAAUUAAGGCUGUAUGUGCUUUUGAUUUUCUAUAUGAUGCCUAGGUUGCUUUGGAGGCUGCCACACCAUGGUUCUUGGCUACGACGCUCUGAUGAGACAGAGACUGCCAGGGAGGAGAAUAGCCAACCUCUCCACCACUCUGUGAGCAGCUUGGCUCGGGCACGGCGAAGGGUUGGAGAUGGUUUUCUGCCACCUUUGAAGUCUGUUGGGCUACCACCUAUCAAACAUAUCGUUUUUCCCACAGUUCCUGAUACGGAAGAUGCAGAACCACCCACCGAUGAUCCUCAAGUUGAUGAUCAUGUUUCACUUGCAGGUGUUCCUGUUGAUGAGAAGGCAAAGUCGGUACAAAGUGGAGUGACUUGUGAUGACAAUGGAGUACUAGAUGUUGAGAGUGAAGAGGAAGAACAAAAUGAAGAGGAAGAAGUAAACACUAAGGAAAGUGAAGAUCAGCUAUCUCUUCCAGAGAAAAAAGGUGCCAUUAUUAUAUAAAUAUUUCACAAUUAACUAUUAUUCCUUAUCCAUGAAAGUUAGAAUGUGAUAAUUCUUAUUGUCCAAGUAUGAUAAAUUAAAAUGUAAACUUGUUCUGGCUUUGUUUACUGAUGUUGAUGUUGCAGUACAUG